AUGAACUCCGUUUGCCGGACGGCGAAGGACGUGAAGGUGCUGCAGCAAGAAGAAAUAAUCAUAAUGUGGUGGAGGAGGAGGGACGGCGCCGUUUUGGAGGUGUUCGGCGGGCGCAGGAUGGGGACGAAGACGAUUAGCGGAGGGAAGAGGACAGUUCUGGAUGGGGGAAUCGAUGCUCUGAACGAAUUCUAUGCCAGGAAUCGAAAGUUGGAGGUGUGGAAAUUGGCAACUAGAUGUGGAAAGGCAUUUGAAACAAUGGGUGAUUGCGGAGCCGAAGACCCAAAGAUGUGA